AACUUGUAUUAUGGGCUUUCGCUGUCCUUGUAAUAGGUUCUAAGCUUCAGGUUAAAGGAGUUUGCCACGAUCCGGUACUAGCAAAAUAUGGCAGACAUGCUUCCUUUUUCUUGAGCUCCCUUUGUUAGCUGGGUCAGGUUACGAAGGUCAACAUUAAGUGAUGAGAGAAAGAGUAGAAGACUUGACCCGCACGCUUGCGGCGCAGGUGUCCUCUUCGGAAACGGAAGCCGCGGGAGUCUUCGCGAGCAAGAAAGCCACGCACCUUCGCUGAAUCCCCGCGCGCCGCGUGUUCGACAGCUGCGCCAGCCGUCGCGACACGUCAUCCUUUGAUACCCUCGCGGAAGCCUCUCGUCUUCUAUAUAAGUAUCUUCGUCCCCGAACCCCCACGCCUCUCGGAGCGCGCGAGCAUGGCGAUGGAACAGGAAAGGAAAAAGCGACAACCACGAAGGGGGCAUGAUGGUCCCAACUCUGUGGCAGAAACUAUUGCUCGAUGGAGAGAUCACAACGAUCAACUGGAUGCUGAUAAUUGUGUCCGUCGAGCACCGGCAAAAGGUUCAAAGAAAGGUUGUAUGAAAGGCAAAGGAGGUCCAGAUAAUCCAAACUGCCAAUACCGUGGUGUCAGGCAGCGAACAUGGGGCAAAUGGGUCGCCGAGAUCCGAGAACCCAAUCGUGGUAAUCGACUGUGGUUAGGCACCUUCCCAACUGCGCUGGAAGCUGCUGUUGCUUAUGACGAAGCUGCGAGAGCUAUGUAUGGACCUUAUGCCCGUCUCAACUUGCCCGAACGUUAUGGUGAUAGUCAACUUGGUGCAACUAAUGGAUCAUGCGAAUCCUGCAUGACAUCGCAUCAGUCUCAUUCGGAUGUCGGUAUUUCAAGCUCAGGGGAAACCGAGGUGAUACCAAAAAUCGAGAAGAUGGAUGAGCGGGACAAUGGACUAUCAUCAGCAGGCGCUCCAAUGAGCACCCCAUCAGGCAAUCACAAGAUGGAGCAUUCUCAACCUGGAUAUUGGAAUGAGGAUUUCCCUAUAGAUGAAUUUUUCUUGGAAGCAUUGUUAGAGGGGAUGGAUGCUGAUUGCACCGGUACUUAUCACCAAAUUGGCAUGGGUGACGGUGAUGCUUAUCAGCGACGCGGUGAUGUCUCGGAUUUCCCAUUCCACCCUCAGAACGCUGACGCCGAGAUGCUUGGGGCUUUCCCUCACAUAGAUGAAGGCCUAAAUGGUUUUGAUCCCGAUGACUAUUUCUUAUGGCCUAUCGAAGGAGACUAAGAAUGUGGAUUGGCCGAGGAGUGAAAGUUACUCUGGAGCUCUUCAAAGAAGGAUUUCAGCUUUGACAUUCUUACUUGCAGAGUUCACUCUGUGGGUGGCAUAUGCAUGCGUUAGCAUUAGUCCACCCUUCUGGUGAUAUACUUUUUAUGUAUAGUAGAAUGACACUAUUUUGGAUAUAGUUCAUUGAAGCUGGCUGGUUCUCCAUAGGUUUGGAAAUGAGGGAACAAAGCUUCAUCCUCUAGUUUUGCUGACCUGUUCAUAUCCCUCCUUUUCUUUCCCUUUACCUUGAAACCUUAUCCUUGUUACAGAUAUCAAAGAGGAUCAAACAUGAAAGUGUAAAGCAUUUGCUGUUUUUAGAACUUCAGAAUAUCAUGUGCAUAUUUGAGGAUGUUGUUAAUAUUAAGAGUUCUGAUCUGCUUGUCUCUCA